AUGCUACCAAGUGCAUCUUUUAUUCGUUUCUGGUCUACAGACUUGACAAGAGAUGCAUUCUUAUCCCAGGUGUCAAAGGAGGAUCUCGCCAACCUGCGGCUGGUCUGCCAUGAUUUCAGCGUCCAUGUUGAACCGAUACUAUUCUCUGAGCUCGAUGUCUCCUUGCGAAGUAGCACAUUUACCCGACCAGCUCGCAUGGCUGCCCUGGAGCGCAUUGGAAGACAUGUUAAAUCUUUGAAACUGACUAUCUCACAUUCACCAUCAACUUUCCUGCCGCCACUCCUAGAUCCUAAUACUGGAGAAGAGCAAACUUUCGUCUACACGCCACAAGUCUACCCUUCAUCGCCAUUUUCAUCACGACUGAGUGGACCGAAGUAUGGGACAUGGGAAAUGACUGAUCUACUGACGAAGCAGUACCCUCCACUCUUCCAUGCAGCCACGAACAUCGGCUCUUUUAUACGUGCAUUCAAAGCACUGGGUGGCCUCACCAAGCUUACUCUGUCCUGCCCGAACCAGUCUGCCCCCCAUCGCUACCGUCGUAGUGUGGUAGACUAUGCACUGAUCUCUAUACGCUGCGCAGUGGAGCACAGCCCACUGCCAUGCCUGACAUCUUUAACUCUUCUUCCCGUACAUCCGGGGGCUUUGCUCUACUUGCGACCAACCGCUAUAGGAAUUGGUACAUCUCCUGCCUCAUGCAAACGCUGGAGACGGAUAACCGAUCUUCAUAUCGAGAUGGAUGCCUUUCCGUACAGUGGAGGUGAACCAACGGACCAUCUGAAAUUUCUAGAUUCAUACCUCCAGUGCUUCCCGCUGCUGAAGAGGCUCAAGUUCCGCUGGCUUGGCGCAAGGGGUCCAUCUCCACUGUCUCUGUCGACAGAGCCAUGUCUGACGACAAACAAGCAGAAUCAAUUCUCAUCUGCACGACCAAAACAAGUCAAGCCACUUAUCUUCCCAUCCCUGCAUAGGCUAGAGAUCGAGAACGUCCACGUUGAUGCAUCCCAGGUGUCAUCCUUUAUUCGCAACCACCGUAAUGCCCUGCGCGAGAUCAACUUUGAAGCCACAACGCUACGCUCAGGGACAUGGGAUGAUGCCCUGGCACCGCUGGCCCCGUCACCAAAGAAGGCAAAGCCCUCACCAUCACCACCACCACCCCAGGGCCAGAAGAGCGCGGUAACCAAGGAAGUCGAAGUGAUGGAUGUCCCUCUUGUCUUGAGUGCAGCUGGUAUGGAAAUCAAACAGCUACAACGACUUGUCCUCGAAGAAGCCGGACGACGCAAGAAAGGCCGUCGAAACAAGGCUGGCAGCAGCAUCCGCCUGUGGGGAAGAGGCAAGGCCAUAUCGACUGUUGGAUCGGGAUCGACAGUCUCGGUUGGCUCAGGAACUGGAGCUGGUUCCAAGAUCGGGUAUGGCCAAGUUCAGCUGCAGAAGGCCACGGACCGAACAAGAGAGCUGUUGGGGUGUGGACCAGAGCAUAUGAGACGGUUACUGAGGGCUUCAGUCCUGCGUGUCAGGGCUUUCUAG